GAAUAUCUGCAGAUGGCCGCUUUGUGCGAGAAGGCAGGCGACCUCCACGGUGCUCGAGGCUACAGGACAUCGGCUCAGUCGCGUCAGGCGCCAGAGCAGCACCAGGUCCCCCUGCAGACGAAGUUCAACCGUGCCCACCAGCAGGCUCGUGCAGUGGAGAAGAAACUCAACAGUGCCAUGGACCGUUUCGAACAGCUCGAACAGCAACUGGCAGCGCAGAAGUCCCACGUGCUUCAGCUCAGGGCGGAUUUGGAAGCCGUGGAGGCAGAGCACAGCGGCCUGGUGCGUCAGCUGCACAAUCAGCUCCCAGACGGUCAAUCGCAGCCAGCAGCUGGCGCUCCAGGCAACAAGCUCAGCCUCGAAGACUUGCUGGAUGAGCGGCGCUUCUCGGCGGCCUUCGACCUCGACGUGGGAGAUUGCUUCAAUAUUGUUGAGGAGAGCAGGGUCAAGGUGUCUCAGGUGGAGAUGCAGCUCCUCACGCCCAAGGUGCUGCGCGGCUACAUCAACGGCUACUGCUCCGACAGCUUCGGGUCCUUCGGCGGCGUCGUCUACCCCUUCCAGGCCGAGUGCGAUGACGAGGGCUGA